AUGAGGUCCGAUCUUGAAGCUGACAAUGGUACUAGUGUUUCUUCAAAAACUCCUCGCACCAUUAGGUCUUUCAAUACUGAUAUCUACGCUGCCUCUACCCCUACUGCCCAUUCCUCACAUUUCUCGGUGUUCCCUGAAGCAGAUAUUGUUUCUUUGAAGCCGAACAGAAAGUUCUCGCCCGUGUAUUUUCAGAGGAAUUCUUCAAACUCCCAUUCCAACCUCAUAUCUGACAUUAGUAAAGUGACAUCUACUCAGUCUACUAAUUCUCAAAACUCUAUCAAUCAUCAAUGGAAUCAUGAUACUCUAUCUUUGAGUAUGGGUAUUCCUUGGGAUGGUCUAGGUCAUCGUCAUUGUGUAAGCAGUGGUGAACUCCCGAGUUCACAGUCGAUUGCUUCCUCCGAUCUGGUUUUAGAGAUAGAUUCUUUGUAUGAUCUUGGAAUUAAGAGUUGUAAUACCUCGGAUGCCAACGAUAUUACAAGUACAGUAGGUGUUUCUGGUACUUCAGGCACAUCUGCUACUGCUAUUAGUGGUAUUAAGCAACCUCUGGAGAAAGUUGUCCUUUCGUCACCUUCAAUUUUGAAAAGAAGUAGCAGUGAUUCUCAAAUUUUUGAGAAACGGUUUGAGCUACCUGAAAGUAGUUUGAAAUUACAGCCAGUACGUUUGCCAAUAAAUGGUGCCGGUCAAAAGCAGCCUGAGAGGGCAUAUUCUUCUAUCACCGAUGCCUCCGUUGUGGGCGACAGUGAUUAUGAUACAGCUGAAUCCAAUAGACCAAUUAUUUCCAAAAAUUCUUUUAAGUUUGUUAAAGUUGCUACUCGAUCCAAUAAGAGGGUUAGAUCAGAUUGCAAUGUGGAUUCAAGUUAUGAGCUUUCCACAGAGAAAUUCACCAAAACUGGAAUCGAGGGACUAAUUGAAGACUAUUCUUCAAAGUUUCCAAAGUAUAAAGCUCGUAUUGUGCUUCCUAAACUGAAUGCAGAGAGAUCUAGUGAAAUACUAAAGAUAGCAGAGGGUAAGAAGAUGCAACUUUCAGAUGUCAAACAGAUCUUGGCUUUGCUAAAGCUGCGGAACUUCGAUAUCAAGUUGCGGCUAAUUGCCAGAAUAGUGGGUAACUCUCGUCUGCUUAAGGAUAUCGAAUUCGUUGAACAUGAAAAGGACACUGGACUUAUCAUUUCCGAGAGGCCAGACGGUGACUUAAAUUUGACGAUUAAAACAUAUGCUGGUGCAGAUGACUCUAAGCAGAUGUUUGAAAAGUCUAUAGUUUCAUGUUUUCGAAAUGUCAAGGAGUUCCAAAUCUAUUUUAGAAAGCCAAAUGAGCCUACCACUUACAAAUCAAAAAAUAAUCUCUUGAAUGCUAGAAGUUCCAAGAGGCGAAAGCUUGAAGAUUGUACUAUUCCAGCCAAAUGCGUCAAGAGGCCACUCAAUUCAUUUAUGCUUUAUCGCUCGAUGAUGGUAAAAGCCAUUAUUCUCAUUUCUUUCAUGGAUUCAAUCUCCUCUUACAUAUUCUCAAAAACUGGAAUGAGCUACACCGAGUACGAUUCAAUGAGAGAAUUAGACUUCCUCAACAAACUUUCAAAGAAAGCUGAUGAUAAACUGCUUCUUGACUUGAAAUCUCAUUUCAAAAUCAAGAAGUUUAAUCAUCAUAUGCUGAUCCAAAUAGUCUCUAUUCUGUGGAAAACAGAAGAUGCUUCUGUAAAGAACGAAUUCUACGAGGCUGCGAAAAUGGAGAAAAGCAUUCAUACUCUUUGCUAUCCCGAGUACAAGUAUCGUCCGAACAGAAAGACAUAA